GCUCAAUAUUAUUCAACUAGACCCUCUUCACAGACUGCUGCAGAUAACUGCUGAAUUGUGAAGGUCUUCUGUGAGGUUGAUACAGUGAUGAAUUCCAGGAUGGCCAUCCGUGUGAUUGUGUUUCUAACACUUACUGGACUGUGCGUUGCUGAUUCCAAAGGGAAUCUUGCUAUUGGAGCCACAGCUGUCCAGUCUUCCACAGCUGCUCAAGAAGUUGCUCAACAUGCUGUCGAUGGCAGCAGGAAUCCACUUGCCAGUGCUGGGUCAUGCAGUCAUACUAAUGCGGACAGGGACCCCUGGUGGAGAGUUGACUUGUUGGAUGUCUACAGGAUAACCAGGGUUAGCAUCACUAAUCGUGGAGAUUGUUGUGCAGAGAGAAUAAAUGGUGCCCAGAUCCGUAUCGGCAACAGCCUGGAAAAUAAUGGCAACAAUAAUGAUCUGGCUGCGACUGUUGCAUCCAUCCCACUUGGAGACACAAAAUCAUUUGAGUUUCAGCCUGUUACAGGGCGAUAUGUCAACAUUAUUAUACCAGGCCGCAAUGAAUUUCUCACACUGUGUGAAGUCGAGGUGUUUGCAGAAAACUACACACCGUCAUACACUUGUGUUCUAACCCAAAGGAAUCUUGCUAUUGGAGCCAGAGCUGUCCAGUCUUCCACAGCUGCUCAAGAAGUUGCUCAACAUGCUGUCGAUGGGAACAGGAAUCCACUUGCCAGUGCUGGGUCAUGCAGUCAUACUAAAUGGGACAAGGACCCCUGGUGGAGAGUUGACUUGCUGGAUGUCUACAAGAUAACCAGGGUUAGCAUCACUAAUCGUGGAGAUUGUUGUGCAGAGAGAAUAAAUGGUGCUCAGAUCCGUAUCGGCAACAGCCUAGAAAAUAAUGGCAACAAUAAUCAGCUGGCUGCGACUGUUGUGUCCAUCCCACCUGGAGUGUCACAAACAUUUGAGUUUAAGCCUGUUAAUGGGCGAUUUGUCAACAUUAUUAUACCUGGACGCAAUGAAUUUCUCACUCUGUGUGAGGUUGAGGUGUUUGCAGGUGAGUCAAGGAAUCUUGCUCUUGGAGCCAAAGCUGUCCAGUCUUCCACAUAUGAUCAUUUAACAGUUCCUCAAAAUGCUGUCGAUGGCAACAGAAAUUCAGAUUACCAUCAUGGGUCAUGCAGUCAUACUAAUGGGGACAAGGACCCCUGGUGGAGAGUUGACUUGCUGAAUGUCUACAAGAUAACCAGGGUUAGCAUCACUAAUCGUGGAGAUUGUUGUGCAGAGAGAAUAAAUGGUGCUCAGAUCCGUAUCGGCAACAGCCUGCAAAAUAAUGGCAACAGUAAUAAGCUGGCUGCGACUGUUGUGUCCAUCCCACUUGGACAGACAAAAACAUUUGAGUUUAAUCCUAUUAAGGGGCGAUAUGUCAACAUUUUCAUACCUGGGCGCAAUGAAUAUCUCACACUGUGUGAAGUCGAGGUGUUUGCAGAAAAGGAUACACCAUUGCACAUUUGUGUUCCAAGAAAUCUUGCUUUUGGAGGAACAGCUGUCCAGUCUUCCACAUAUGAUCAUUUAACUGCUGCUCACAAAGCUGUUGAUGGCAACAGAAAUUCAAUUUACACUAGUGGAUCAUGCAGUCAUACUAAAGCGGACUGGGACCCCUGGUGGAGAGUUGACUUGCUGAAUGUCUACAGGAUAACCAGGGUUAGCAUCACUAAUCGUGGAGAUUGUUGUGCAGAGAGAAUAAAUGGUGCUCAGAUCCGUAUCGGCAACAGCCUGGCAAAUAAUGGCAACAAUAAUCAGCUGGCUGCAACUGUUGGGCCCAUCUCACUUGGAGAGACACGAACAUUUAAGUUUCAUCCUAUUAAGGGACGAUAUGUCAACAUUUUUAUACCUGGUCGCAAUGAAUAUCUCACACUGUGUGAGGUUGAGGUGUUUUCAGGUGUGUGAUAAAAGAAGAGAGACAUGAUUAAGUGGAAUGAGAUGAUGUUACACCACAGUCCACUGAUCCUAUAAGCAAAAUACCAAACUACUGUUUUCUGAGCAAUACUAAUAUUGCACCUUUUUCAUUGUUUUCAUUUUACCUGUGCACCUUUUAUUCUUGAGAUAAAAGAUAAGUUUCAGUGCACAUUCAGUAAAGGAAUGAAAUGAUUCUUAAAAUGUACCUAUCUUUUACCCAUCUUUGUUUAUCUUUGCUUUCUACAUGAAUAAAUUACAUCAGCAUUGCA